AUGGAGGAGGUACGGUUUACGAUCAACGGCCAGCUCCACACGGUCAACGCUUCGACCGUUCCGGUGGACACGUCGCUGAACACAUUCAUCCGCGACCAUGCCCAUCUGAAGGGUACCAAGUUUAUGUGCCGGGAAGGUGGCUGCGGGGCCUGUGUGGUGACCGUUUCCGGCUAUCAUCCCGUCACGAGGGAGCGCCGCUCGUGGGCCGCCAAUUCGUGCCUGCUGUCCGUGUUCUCCUGCGAUGCAUUGGAUAUUCUCACCGUCGAGGGGAUUGGAGGAAAGCGUAAAGGGGCGUACAAUCCCGUGCAGCGUCGUUUGGCCGAACAUGGUGGAUCCCAGUGUGGCUACUGUUCGCCCGGGAUGGUGAUGAACAUGUACAGUUUGUUGGCGCAGUCCAGCCACCAACAAAGGCAGGAAUCGAAGGAAGAUGGCCCGGAACCGCAGUCCCUAACCGAGGCCCAGAUAGAGGAUGCGUUCGAUGGCAAUAUCUGUCGUUGUACGGGAUACCGACCUAUCUUGGAUGCUUUCAAAUCGUUCGCCCAGGACCGACAGGGGCAGCUCGAUGCAGUGAUCGACAUCGAGGAUCUUACGCGGCUCUGCCCUAGGACGGCCAUGCCAUGUACCGGAAAGCAAACCGAUGCGUGCCAAGGGCCACCAUUUCCGGCAGCACGAAGCCUCACGUUUUCCGAUGAGCGAAAGUGGCACAAAGUGGCGUCCUUGACCGAGGCCUUCGCCGUACUCAACUCGAUCGAAGGAGAGCCUUACAUGCUGGUCGCAGGAAACACCGCCCAUGGCGUGUACCGUCGUUCCGACGCACUGAGGGUGUUCAUUGACGUGAGCUCGAUCGAGGAGCUACAUCGCCACAAGAGAACGCCGGGAGCACUGGUUGUUGGAGCGGGCGUACGGCUUGCCGAGUUUAUUACAAUCCUGGAGGAAACGGCAUCCGAGUAUUUGAACUUUAGCUACUGCGCGGAGAUGGCACGGCACGUGCGACGGGUGGCAAAUGGGCCGGUUCGGAAUGAAGGCACGAUCGCAGGGAACCUAAUGAUCAAGCACCAACAUCCGGAGUUCCCAUCGGAUGUGUUUUUGCUUCUAGAAACCAUCGGUGCUACGCUGGUUGUAGCUUCCAGCAACGAGCAACUGUUCACCGUGACGCCGCUCGACUUUCUCAAGCUCAACAUGCACAAACGGAUCCUAACGACGGUCCGGCUUCCUCCCCACGACUACGUCGCCACCACGUUGCGCUCGUACAAGGUAAUGCCGGUGGCGCAAAACUCCCGAGCCUACGUUAACGGCACCUUCCUGCUGUCCCUCUGCCCGGAGCAGAAAGUUUGCCUAGCGAUCACCGCCUGCUUCGGGGGCAUCAGUCCCACGUUUGUGCAUGCGCAACAAACGGAAGCCUUUCUCACCGGCAAAGCGUUGUUCGACGAUGGUGGUGCCGUACUGUCCGAGGCCAUGCGCAUCCUCGAGCGGGAGCUGCGGCCCGAUUGGGUACUGCCCGAUGCUUCACCCACCUACCGGAAGGGUCUGGCCGUGUCGUUGUUCUACAAGUUCGCCCUCAGUGUACAUCCAACCGCGGCGAAGGUGCUGCGCAGUGGUGCCACACUGAUCGAGCGACCCGCCGUUUCGUCCAGCCAGCAGAGGACCGAAACGUUCCCGAAACGAUGGCCUCUGACGGCGCCUAUUCCCAAGCUCGAGGGGCUGGCGCAGUGUGCCGGGGAGGCAGAGUUUAUCAACGACGUGCCGGCGCUUCCGAACGAGCUGCAUGGAGCGUUCGUGCUCUCGAACGAAAUCAACUGUCGGAUCGUGCAGAUCGAUGCAUCCGAGGCGCUCGCCUUGCCCGGUGUGAGGGCAUUUUUCUGUGCGAAGGACGUUCCGGGGUUGAAUAAUUUCAUGCCGCUCGAGAUGGGCUUCCCGGAGGUGGAGGAGAUCUUCUGCAGCGGUGAGGUGCAGUUUGCCGGCCAGGUGGUGGGUUUGGUGUGUGCCAGCAGCUUCGAGCUGGCGAACCGUGCCGUAGGGUUGGUGAAGAUCGAGUACCAGCGGACGACCAACCGGAUGGUUCUGCCAACGGUGCAGGAUGUGGUCGAAGCUCUGGAUUACAGUCGCGUGCGGGAUCAACCGUACGAUCGUCGCGGGGCCCGGUUCCACCAGGCGCGGGAGGGGCCUAUCAAGAUCAGUGGACGGUACGAGCUCCGGGGCCAGUACCACUACACGAUGGAGACUCAGGUCUGCCUUUGUGUCCCCCAGGCAGACUCGAUGGACGUAUACUGUGCCACCCAGUGGUUAGAUGUGGUACAGAUCGGUAUCUCGCAAGCCCUGUCGGUGCCUGAGGCUUCCCUCAAUCUAACAGUCCACCGAGUCGGUGGUGCGUACGGGGCAAAGCUAACGCGUGCCACUCAAAUAGCCUGCGCCUGCGCCAUCGCAGCACACCGGACGGGUGUUCCGGUGCGCAUGAUACUCCCACUCGAGACGGCCAUGUCCGGGUCGGGCAAGCGUGCCGGUACGCUCAGCGAGUACGAAGUGUCGGUGGAUGAAACGGGCCGGAUCGCGAAACUCUCCCACACCUACAUCCAUGACUCCGGGGCGGCCCUCAACAUAGCGCUGGGCCAUUUAACGAGCGACGCGUUCAAGAACUGCUACCGGACGGAUCUGUGGAACCUACGGGGAAAGCUGGCGCGCACCGACACACCCCCCAACACGUGGGCCCGCUCGCCCGGAAUCUCCGAGGGGAUCGCGAUGGUGGAGAACAUCAUGGAGCAUAUCGCGCACCGAACCGGACUCGAUCCGGUCGACGUGCGACUCGCGAACAUUGGACGCGAAAGCCGGAUGGCGCAACUUUUGCCCCGCUUCCGGCGCCAGGUGGCGUACGAUGAGCGGAAGGAAGCGAUCGAUCGGUUCAACGGGGAGCACCGGUGGCGCAAGCGGGGCAUCGCCAUCCUACCGAUGCAGUACCCGCUCGAGCUGGUGACGAUGAAGAGUGCGGUCGUGUCGGUGCACAACGAUGACGGAAGCGUAACGAUCGUGCACGGUGGCAUCGAGAUGGGCCAGGGUAUCAACACGAAAGUGGCUCAAGUGGCGGCCCAUCUGCUCGGCGUACCGAUGGAGCAGAUCGUCGUACGGCCGACCAGCAGCUUGCUGAACGCCAACUCCAACGGGUCAUACCACAGCCAGGCAACUGAUUCGGUAGCCUUCGCGGUCAAGAAAUGUUGCGAAAUACUGCUAGACCGGUUGCGACCGUACCGGACGCUACUGAGGCGCACCAGCUGGACGGAACAGAUACGGCGGGCCACGCUGGACGAGGUGGAUCUGCAGGCUUCGUACUUUGCUACCUCGGCCAACAUGCAGCCGUACAUCAUCUGGGGUGUGGCGUGCGGUGAAGUCGAGUUGGACACGCUCACCGGGCAGACCCUGGUGCGGCGGGUCGACAUACUGGAGGAUGUCGGCGAAAGUUUAAACCCGUCCAUAGAUGUCGGCCAGAUCGAGGGCGCGUUCGUGAUGGGACUGGGGUACCACCUGACCGAGACCCUCGUUUACGACCCGGCGAACGGUGCUCUGGUCAACAAUCGGAGCUGGAACUACAAGGUUCCCGGGCACCGGGACAUUCCGGUCGACUUCCGGGUGUCCUUCCUCGGUCGGAGCUCUAAUGCGGGCGGUGUGCUACGUUCGAAGGCCACCGGAGAACCAGCCCUCUCGAUGAGUCCCGUUGUCACGCACGCUCUUCGAUAUGCACUUCGUGCAGCUCGGCGCGACGCUGGCCUACCGGACGGUUGGUUGAAAAUGGGUUAUGGAAUGACACCGGAAAAGGUUUUUCUUCUGCUGGAAAACUCAAUCGAACAGUACAGAUUUGAAUGA